UUUUCGCUCUCUGCCUCCUGCUUGCUGGUCUCACCGUGCUGUUUGCUGCUGCUAUUUGUUUUGCCAUGUGGCCGUGACCCACGAGGUGGACAAGCCUAUUGCCAUCACAUCUGAAAGUCGGUGACUUGGUUUUCUGACGGCCAUAGACAGUAACUGCAAUGCUGAAGACACUGGACGAGUUGCUCCUCCUCAGCUCAUCUGUGUGAGGACCAAAGAAGACAAGAGACUGAAUUAUCUGAAUUAUGCUUCUACAACAGAACUGGGUUUCUCCUCAUUGGGCAUGGCAGAGCCUGGGGAAGUCCUUCCUUCUGUUUGUUUUCUUAAUGUUACAAACAGCUGACCUGGAAGCCAGGAGAGGUCAUCAGUUUGUCUGGAAAGCAGGUCACUGGGGACGGUGCAUAGGCGACUGCGGCUUAGGAGGUGUUCGGAGCCGGGCCGUCUGGUGCACCCACGUGGAGGGCUGGACGACGUUCCACGCCAACUGCGACCAGAAGGACAAGCCUGAAAACCAGAGGCGGUGCUUUAAAGUCUGUGACUGGCACCUGGAGCUGUUUGAGUGGGAGGUUUCGGGAUGGGACAGGUGCGGGCUUGUCCCCUCUGCUGGCAGUGAGGGGGAGGCUGGGGCUUGUGUCACUGCCCAGCACGGGCUGCAGCGCCGCAGCGUCCGCUGCCUCCAGAAGCUGAACCGGACCGUCGUCGCCAGCGAGAUCUGUGAGUAUUUCACACCGCAGCCGCCUGCCGAGCAAGCCUGCCUGGUGCCCUGCCCAAGGGACUGCGUCGUCUCCCAGUUCUCCGGCUGGUCCGAGUGUGGCACAGGCUGUGCCAAGAGCCUGCAGCACCGGACCAGGGCGGUUAUCGCUCCUCCUCUGUAUGGGGGCGCCCCGUGCCCGAAUCUGACUGAAUCCAGAGCCUGCAGCACCCCUGCCUGCCCCCUCGGGGAGGAGAAGCGCACCUACAGCCUCCGAGUGGGGUCCUGGGGUGAAUGCCGGCUGCCCCAUCCUAAGCACGCCGAAUUGGAGGGGAGGACUAUGCUGGAUUUGGGUUCAGACUCUGGAGAGCGAAGCACAUCUGGACUUCAAGGCUCCAGAGCCCACCACCGUCCCAGGGAGGUGGAGAUCGGUUACCAAACCAGGCAGGUCAGGUGUGUAAGGAGCGAUGGAAAGAAUGCAGCGCUGAGCCUGUGUGUGCAAGAUGCUGUCCCUUUGACCUUCAAGUCUUGUGUCGUGGCUAAAGACUGCGAAACAUCUGAGUGGUCUGCAUGGAGCCCCUGCUCGCGGACCUGCAGCUGGGGAGAGCUGGCCCCGGGCUUCCGGAGCCGACGCCGUGGCGUGCGGAGCCUGGCAGUGGGCACCGGGAAGCAAUGCCCGGAGCUGGAGGAGAGGGAAGCGUGCAACAGAGGAGGGAAGGAGCUGCUGCAACCUUGCCCCAGGUUUGCGUGGAGGACUUCUGAAUGGAAAGCUUGCCAAGUGUCUCUCCUCCUUGACCAGCAGGACUCUCACCACCACAAACAUUCAGGCCUUUGUGGAGGUGGCAUACAAACCCGAGAAGUCUACUGUGUCCAAAUCACCAUGGAACUUGGGGUGCACCGACUGAAGGAAGUUACUAGACCAGUUGAUGGGAAGCUGUGCCUGGGUCCUGCUCCCUCCGCCUCCCAGCUGUGCGACCUGCCCUGCCUGUCUGAGUGUGUGGUGUCCUCCUGGUCGGGGUGGGGUCCCUGCCUUCCUGAGAACUGCCAGGACCACCACGGAAGAAGAGGCUUUAGAAUGAGGCAGAGGCAAGUGAUUGUCGAUCCUGUGGGCACCCUGGCAGGUUGUCCACAUUUAAUCGAGUCUAUUCCUUGCGAAGACCCAGUGUGUUACGAGUGGAUCAUUUCAGAAGGAAUAUGUGUGACUAACCAUGGCAAAUGUGGACCUGGAAAGCGUGUGCUGGCAGCUGUGUGCAAGAACAAGAAAGGUGAGGAAGUGCCACAUCACCUCUGUCCAGGGGUGCCCCAUCCUGAAGUCGCGGCUUGUGAAAUCCCUUGUGCAACAGACUGUGUGAUCAGUGAGUGGUCCCCAUGGUCCCCGUGUACCCACACAUGCUCCACUAAAAAUGCUGAGGGCAGUCAAAGCAGGAGUAGGUCUAUCUUGGCCCUUCCAGCUGAGGGGGGCAAAGCCUGUCCCCCUGACCGAGCCCUACAGGAGCACCGUGCCUGUAAUGAUCAUCCAUGUGUGCAUUUCUUCUGGGAGACUUCUCCAUGGAGCUCUUGCUCUGAAGAUGCUCUGGUAACUGCGCUCAACAGAACCCUUAAUUGGAGUGGAGAAGCCUCUUGUGGAGUAGGCAUACAGACGAGGAAGGUCUUCUGCAUGAAGAGCACUUCUGGCCAGGUCACACCUAAAAGGUGUCCAGAGUCCAUCAGACCCGAGACUGUGCGUCCAUGUCUCCUCCUCUGCAAGAAAGACUGCGUUGUUACUCCUUUCAGUGAGUGGACUCGCUGUCCAACAGCAUGUCAGCCUGGCAAUGCCACUGCAGUUAAGCAGUCCCGGUACAGGAUUGUCGUUCAGGAUGCUGCUAAUGGAGGACAGGCCUGCCCAGACACGUUGUAUGAGGAAAGAGAAUGUGAAGAUAUUCCCAUCUGUCCAGUGUAUAGGUGGAAGACUCACCGCUGGAGUCACUGUGUGCUGGUGCCCGAUUCGGUGCGGCAGGGCAUGCUGGGACACACUGAGGCAUGUGGACACGGAUUGCAGUCAAGAGCUGUGACAUGCCUGUCAGAGCACAACGACUCGGCCGAUAUCGGGCACUGCAUGCGGUGGGCUGGAGCUAUGCCAUCUCUUGUGCAGGAGUGCCACGUUCCCUGCAAAGAUGACUGCACAUUUACUCCCUGGUCUAAAUUUACAGCGUGCUCCUUUGACUGUGAAUCAACCAGGAGUAGGAGACGGUCACUCACAGGGAGAAGCAGAAAGCGAGACAAAUGCCAGAAUACAGAACUUUAUCCUCAAGUUGAAACAGAGCUGUGCCCCUGUGAGGUGUUUACCUCCCAGCCCCAUGGAAAUUGGUCCGACUGCAUUGUUGGAGAAGGUACAUCCGAGCCACAGUUGGGAGCACGACCCCACAGAGCUGCCAAGGAGUGUGGCGAAGGUGUGCGACUGCGAGCUCUUGCCUGCUACGAUAAGACUGGCAGGCUUGUGGAACCAUCUCACUGUAGCAGCUCAGGUUACAUUGAAGAAUCUUGCACGGUCCCCUGCCCAUUUGAUUGCAAAUUAAGCGAUUGGUCCAGUUGGUCCCCUUGCAGCUCUUCUUGCGGACCAGGGGUGAAAGUCCGAUCCAAGUGGCUUAAGGAGAAGCCGUACAAUGGAGGACGUCCUUGCCCAAAGCUGGAUCUCAAGAAUCAGGUGUAUGAGGCAGUCCCAUGCUACACCGAGUGCAAUCAGUAUUCCUGGGUAGUAGAACCGUGGUCUUCGUGCAAAAUCAACAGCGAACAGAAUUCCCUCCACUGUGGAGAAGGAAUACAAACGAGGAAAGUCAGGUGUGUGAGUGCUGCUGAGGACCAUGGAGGGGAGACUGUGCCCAAUGCACUAUGCAAUCAGGAUGACAUCCCAGAUACGAUGCAGAAGUGUAGCUUGUACUGUCCCAGUGAGUGUGCGGUGUCUGACUGGGGACAGUGGAGCAAGUGUCCGCAGGUGUGCGAUCCCACUGUUGUGCAAACCCGAACUCGACAAGUGCUGAGAUCUUCUGUCAACACAAAGCCCUGCCCUGAAGUGUCACAAAUGAAGCCAUGUAUUCUUAACCAAAACUGCUUCCAAUACCAGUACAAUCUAACAGGCUGGAGUGGGUGCCAGCUGGGUGCCAAUGCCACAUGUGGGCACGGAGAGCGGCGGCGCCUCCUGAGCUGCCGGCGCAGCGACGGGGCCAUUGUCAGCACUCAACUCUGCCAGCGGCUUCGCCUGGAGAAGCCUGUGCAGUUGAGCAGUCGGUGUGUGGUGGGCUGCACAGUGGACUGCCGACUCUCAGCCUGGUCAGCCUGGUCACAGUGUUCCCACACGUGUGGUGCUGGUGGCCAGAUGGUGCGUGAGCGCUCAGUGGUCCUGCAGGCAGCAGGUGAGGGCAGACCCUGCCCAGAGCAGCUCACCCAGCACAGGAGCUGUCCGGUGAAGCCCUGCUACAGUUGGCAGCUGGGCCCAUGGUCUCCCUGCAGAGUCCAGGGUGGGCAGUGUGGAGAUGGAUUGCAAGUCCGCAACCUGACGUGUGUGGUGCAUGAUGCAUCUGUGUCAGCUACAUCCAAGCCAGUAGAAAAUGCAUUAUGUGGUGAGCUGCCCUUGAAGGAGAGUGUGCUGCAGUUACCAUGCUCUGUGCCUUGUCCAGGUGACUGCCAUCUGACAGAGUGGUCAGAGUGGAGCUCCUGUGAGCUCACCUGCAUCAAUGGCAGAAGCUUUGAGACAACAGGUCGCCAGUCCCGAUCCAGGGCAUUUAUCGUUCAGUCUCCUGAGAACCAGGAAAGCUGCUCUGGACAAGUGAUGGAAACACAGCCUUGCUCAGGAGGGAAGUGUUAUGACUACCUGUGGAAAACCAGCCUUUGGCGAGACAACGUACGCACGGUGUGGUGUCAGCGCUCAGAUGGAAUAAAUGUCACAGGAGGAUGUGCUCUUCGGACCAAACCUGCAGAAGUUCGGCUCUGCAGCCCCCCGUGCAGAAAACCUUUCUCUUACUGCACACAGAGAGGAGUCUGUGGCUGUGAGCGAGGAUAUACAGAAAUAAUGAGAUCAAAUGGUGUCCUGGAUUACUGCAUGAAGGUACCAGGUUUGGAAGAUAAGAAAGCUGAUGUUAAGACCAUUGCUGGAAAAAAUAAACCUAUCAACUCAAAAAUGCACGACAUUUUCAAAGGAUGGUCUAUUCAACCUUUUAAUCCAGAUGGUAAACUAAAGAUGUGGGUGUAUGGAGUAUCAGCUGGUGGGUUCCUCAUCAUAGUUUUCCUCAUUUUUACAUCCUACCUGAUGUGCAAAAAAACAAAGCAGCAUCAAAGCACUCCGCCACAGCAGAAGCCUCUAACCUUAGCCUACGAUGGAGACAUUGACAUGUAACAUGAAAAAAACAAAUCCAAAUGUAGACAUCGACUGCCUUAACUGCUUUCUUUUUUGGAACUCUCCGACUUCUCAGUUUUUUGAGGAAUCUCUUGAUGUGUAAUAUACUGGGCAGAAGUAUUGCAAGCUUAAAAUUUUGCCACCUCUUUAUUAUAGACACAAAAAAAAAAAAAAAAAGGGGGGGGGGGGCAGGAAAAAUGGAGUCAAAGACUUGGAUAUUGUGAAAUUUUUCUGAGGAGACCAGAAAAUACAUCUCUUCCUGUUGAGCAAUGGGAAUUAAAAACUAUACAAGAGAAUCUACAGGCAUCAAAAGGAAUUAGUGGAAAAGAGGGAAAAGGAAAAGGAAAAAAAAAAAAGGCAUGACAAUCCUGAGGAAAAUGUGACAUUUACUGUAAAUGACAAGUUUGACACAGCAUCAUUAUGCACUAUAUUAGUGCAGGUUCUUUAUUCUUCACGUUUCAGCAAUGAGUUUUCUAAGUGUUUACAUUUCAUUCAAAGACUUUCAAAACCAGAUCAUUUCCCUUGCUUUGGGAAACGCAAGGAAGAAUGAGUCAACGUGUCUGAAGUUAUCAGGGUUUCUAAAGUUUCUUCCUUCUUAGCCUGUUUUCUAGUCUGGGAUAUGAUUUGGCUUCAUUUCCACCUACAGGACAGAAGAAGGAUUGUUGUGGGAAAAAAAGCAUAGGUGGCUUCUUAGCCCCAAGUAUUUUUUAAAGAGUUGAUAGGUAGGUGUUUUGAUGAAUGGCUAGAGGAGCUGAUUGUUUAGAAAGCCUUUUCAAUCCAACCAGACCCAUGUAGAUCCAUUCCAGCCAGUUUUGAAUCGUUCUUCCUUUUAAUUACUACGAAUCCUGCUUUUGUAUUUCAAUUUUCUUAACCUGAAAUGUUUAUAAAUUCUUUUUUUGAAUUUAAUUAACCUGACCUCAUUUAAUCCACAUCAAACACAAAUGCAGUUUGUAGAGGGUCUUGCUUUUUUAAGUGUUUGGAGCACCGCUGAGAGGUUACCAUGUUGUAAACACCUGGGAGCAUUUGAAGAGGGUAAGUGUUUCUAGUAGUGUGUGUCGCAAGUAAGAAAGUGCCAUCUUGUGGUAUUGACUUGUAUUUAUAAGAAAAUAAAAUGCUAAAGGGGGUGAGAAAUUUGCUUCUGGUAUGUGGAAUUAAAUGUGUGUAAACAACA